AUGACUGUCAGCUACCUCCUUGCUGGGAUUUAUGUCCUCCUAGUCUUGUCGGCGGAAUGUGGAGAAGCAUACAUUCUUUCUCAAUCGUAUUCGGGAGCCGACCAACCGCAGAAUGAAGACUUUGGUAUGCAGGAUGGAGAAGAGAAUGAUAAUUCUAAAGUGACCAGCCACUUCGGAGAAGAGGACGAAGGAGAUGAAGAAAAGUUGAAUGAUGUUAAUGAGACAGAACAGGAAAGUGUCCAGUAUCAUGAUGUCGAUGACGGUUCUGAAGAAGAGGACGGUGACGAUGUUGAUCAUCAUGAUGGUGAGGAAGACGAAGAUGGAGAAAAGGAGGAUUUUGGCGAAGAUAUUAAUGAGCAGCACUUUGCUAAUUAUGGUUUUGCGGUUGAUGUAGCAGUUCACGUUGGUGGUCACCAUGGUGCCGACGAACAUUAUGUUGGUGGAGAUGAUGAAUUUUAUGCAGAGAAGGAUGAUGAUAAUGAUGAUGACGAUGAUAAGAAGGAUCAACGCAUGGACAGGGAAGAUGAAAACGAUCAUUAUGAGAGAAAUCCGAUAGGAAUAUGGACUGGACCAGAGCCGUUUGAGACGAAGGAGUAG